UUUAAAUUACAAAAUUAAUUAUUUUCAAAAUGUUUCCGCGUAAAAUGCACCAUUGUUAUAUAAACCGUAGAAUAAAUUUACUUCGAACGAUGUACGAUAUGAAAAAGUUAUUUUCCGCUCUUGAAAUGUGAUUUUUUUGUUAAACGAUUCUUUAUAAAUACGAAUUGACGCGGUGGUGAAAACAAUAAACAGAGCAUUUGUUCUUUCUAAAUUGACCUUUGGCCAACUGUUAGGUCGUGGGUACGUUAUCGAUAAACGUUUCCCUUUCACUGAAAGGAAAGCAUUAUCAAAGAUAGAAGCAAGGCAGAUUGUUAGUUAGAAAUAACCGCUCGAUGCAUCUGUAAUUUCGUGAAACAUGAGUCUCAACAUAUUCAACAGAUUGGUCGGGGAAACCGAUCGACUUAUUCAAAAUGAUAUGAUAUUAUGUACUGCCCGAAACAGUUCGUCUAUUCGUAAUCACCGAUGUGUUCGAUCAGGAACCAGUAUAUUGAGUACAAUAGUUUUAAUUGUGAAUGCUACGUUAGGAGCAGGCAUUUUAAAUUUUCCACAGGCGUUCGACAGAGCUGGAGGAAUAGCCAUGUCGAUUAUCAUCCAAUUUCUGUUACUUAUCUUCAUUACAGCUACGCUAGUCAUUCUGGCACACUGCAGCGAUAUCACAAACACUUCUAAUAUGCAAAAUACGUUCGCAGAAUUUUGUGGUCAUAGGUGGCUUUUCUUGUGCGCUUUGUUCAUCGUGGUAUAUAGUUUUGGAUGUUGUUUGACAUUUUUAAUAAUCGUCGGAGAUCAAUUUGAUAGAGUUUUAGCAACCUAUUAUGGACUCGAUUACUGUUACACUUGGUAUUUAUCCAGACCAUUUGUCACGGCGGUAACUUGCACCAUAUUCAUCUUACCGUUAUGUUUUUUUAAGAAAUUGGAUGUUUUGAGUUAUGCUAGCUACGUUGGAUGUAUAACUGUUCUAUAUGUAACGUGGUUGAUUGCUUAUAAAACCUAUACAAAACCCGAAUCUCUUAAUAAUUCGGUGAAAAUAUGGCCUGACAAUGGAUAUCAAGCGCUUCAAAUAAUUCCAAUAAUAUGUUUCGCGUAUCAGAGUCAUAUGACAGCAAUACCAAUGUACGCUUGCAUGAAAGAUCGAAGCCCUGGAAAGUUUACGAUAUGUGCUGUAAUUAGUAUGAUUAUUUGUUUCGCUGUAUACACGGUGGCUGGUGUCUGCGGAUACGCGACAUUCGGUGCUGGAAAGGUGCCUAGUGAUAUACUUCAAGGUUACACGGAUAAAAGUACAAUUCUCACUAUAGCGAUCGUAUUUAUAGCAAUUAAGAAUUUCACCACGUAUCCGAUCGUUUUAUACUGCGGCCGCGAUGCUCUUAUGAGUCUUGUUAGAACAAGGUUUAAUGUUAGCGACAGAUUUGGAGUUUCUAUUACGUUGUUUUGGUACGUAUUGUCUCUGGCGAUUGCAACAUUAGUGCCAGAUAUUUCACCAGUGAUCAAUUUAUUAGGAGUAUUAUCGGCAGCUUUUAUUUUCAUCUUCCCAGGCAUUUGUCUGUUCAAAAAUAUUCUUCUGAAAGAUUCGGAAUUGCAUCUGAACAAAGAUCGACUCCUGAUUAUCUUUGCAAUUAUUAUUAUCGCGCUUGGUUUUUUCGUUUCUGGUGUUGUUUUCGUAGAAGCUAUAAGAGAUUUGAACAUCGGGAAAUCGUCGGGAAAACUGCCACUAGUAACUGGUUUUAGACAGCUGAGGGAAAGUUUAUGUAGUUAGUGUGUUGUACUUCAUUUGAUCAACGGCCAUCAAAGUGUUAAAGAGAAUGAAAUUAUUGAUAUUCUGUUGU